UACACUGCAGGUGAAGAGGUUGAGCAAAUCAACAGCUACAUCUCGAGAUUGGGAUCAACAACAAAAUACAUGCAUGCAGCAGGUCGCAAUGAAGCACAAACGGAGCAUGUUCUUCACUGGAACAAGUUAAAGAUUCUUAAGCUGCCAGUCACUCUUUGCAAGGAAUAUGUUUAUGUAAAGAAGUUAAUAGAAGAAAAUAAGAAGGAACUUGAUGAGCUGGUAAACGAGCUAAAUCUUUCCGCGUAUCGUGAAGAGUUCGGUAAUUGGGCUGCUGAAAUAACAGCGUGUGGGAAACGGUCGAAGUUUGAGAUGACGAAGCGUGAAGGUGAUCUUGUUUCUUACUAUGAGCUGUAUACCGAAGUUCGCGAAGCUAUCGCUUUGAAGCCGUUCCUCGAUGUUGCUGGUGAUGAAGCUGAAACAGAAAUAAACGACGGGAAUUCAGGAUUGUAUGCUCAAGCCUUGGCAAAACAUCAGGAAAUGGAUAAGAAAGAAAAGAAAUUAAGAAACCUUGAAUCGACUCUAUGUAUAGUUGGAAAUGAGUUAGGGAAGCAACAAGCCCUGCAAGAGGGGAAAAAUCUUUUGGCUGUUAGAAAAAGAAUUUCUAUUCGCGAAGUGAUUGAAAUGUUAUGCUUUUCUAUUUCACAGCAAAAGAAAAAUAUUAGCCGCCUAGCAGGUUUAAGUAUACAUUUAUUUUAACAGAAACUUUAAUA